GCCGAGGUUCUGCUAACUCCUGAGCCAAGCAGGACCCGAGCCAGACAGGCGCCUGCGAAGCUGCAGGCGGCGGCGGCGGCGGCGACAGCGCAGCAAAAGCAAAGGAAAAAAAUCACCAGACGGACCAGGGGCCCCAGAAUCCCCGCCAUAGACUCAGAACUUUUCAGGUCACGCUGUGACGAACACUCUCCCCUUCGCCCCCAAGUCCUCCUGCAGAACAGGGUUUUGCAUUUCCCGCUGCAAGCAGCGGGAACAGCAGUUGCAAGCAGCAGCAGGUGCAGAUAAGCGGGGGUCUCCUGCUUCUCGGAACCGUGACCCGUGGAAUUCCUUUCCUUUUUCCAGUCCCACGCAAUAGAGACGCUGUCUCCGGAUUUCUGAACUCAAAUGCUUCCUGACGCUUGAAAGUGGAGGAAUUCGGAACCACAAGAGGCAGACCGCGCGCAUCUAGAAGCAUUUAUCUUUUGAGCGCCAACUCUCCUGCUUGCAAGGAAAGAGUUCUGCCCAGAAAGAGCCUGUAGCCCUCCUGCUUGGUUAAGCACGACCCCGACCCCCGGGGCGGCUUAACCACUUAGUGGAAGAAUGGAUAACGUCCUCCAGGUAGACUCAGACCUCUUCCCAAAUAUCUCCACCAACACCUCGGAGCCCAACCAGUUCGUGCAGCCGGCCUGGCAAAUAGUCCUUUGGGCAGCUGCCUACACGGUCAUCGUGGUGACCUCUGUGGUGGGCAAUGUGGUGGUGAUGUGGAUCAUCCUGGCCCACAAGAGAAUGAGGACAGUGACUAACUAUUUCCUGGUGAAUCUGGCUUUCGCAGAGGCAUCCAUGGCCGCGUUCAACACAGUGGUGAACUUCACCUAUGCUGUCCACAACGAGUGGUACUAUGGCCUGUUCUACUGCAAGUUCCACAACUUCUUCCCCAUCGCUGCUGUCUUCGCCAGCAUCUACUCCAUGACUGCUGUGGCCUUCGACAGGUACAUGGCCAUCAUCCAUCCCCUCCAGCCCCGGCUCUCAGCCACGGCCACCAAGGUGGUCAUCUGUGUCAUCUGGGUCCUGGCUCUUCUACUGGCCUUCCCCCAGGGCUACUACUCAACCACAGAGACCAUGCCCAACAGAGUCGUGUGCAUGAUUGAAUGGCCCGAACAUCCCGACAAGAUCUACGAGAAAGUGUACCACAUCUGCGUGACUGUGCUGAUCUACUUCCUUCCCCUGCUGGUGAUCGGCUAUGCGUACACCGUGGUGGGCAUCACGCUGUGGGCCAGCGAGAUCCCUGGGGACUCCUCAGACCGCUACCAUGAGCAGGUGUCUGCCAAGCGCAAGGUGGUCAAGAUGAUGAUCAUCGUGGUGUGCACUUUCGCCAUCUGCUGGCUGCCCUUCCACGUCUUCUUCCUCCUGCCCUACAUCAACCCCGACCUCUACCUGGAGAAGUUCAUUCAACAGGUCUACCUGGCGGUCAUGUGGCUGGCCAUGAGCUCCACCAUGUACAACCCCAUCAUCUACUGCUGCCUCAACGACAGGUUCCGUCUGGGCUUCAAGCAUGCCUUCCGGUGCUGCCCCUUUAUCAGUGCCGGCGACUACGAGGGGCUCGAAAUGAAAUCCACCCGUUACCUCCAAACCCAGGGCAGCGUGUAUAAGGUCAGCCGCCUGGAGACCACCGUCUCCACAGUGGUGGGGGCCCACGAGGAGGAGCUGGAGGAUGGUCCAAAGGCCAUACCCUCGUCCCAGGACCUGGCCUCCAAUGGCUCCUCUCGCAGCGACUCCAAGACCAUGACUGAGAGCUUCAGCUUCUACUCCAACAUGCUCUCCUAGACCACAGGUCCUCAGCAGGGGCGGCCACCACCAUCUGUGUCUGGCUUCAACUUCAUGCAUGGAUAAUGCCUUGAUCUAGAAACCAUCAAAAACACCCUCACACUGGGUCUUGUAAAAAAAAAAAAAAAAAAAAAAAAAAAAAAAAAAAAAAAAAAGUUAGAAUGUUUUAGGGAAAAUGUCCCAUCCUGAGUUAAAAAACAAAACCUGGAUUCUUCUAUGACUUUGUCAUCUCCCACACUGUGUGACCCAAGGCAAAUCACUGAACUUCUCUGGGCUUGUAAAACGGCGAGGCUGGGCUUGAUUUUCCCUGCAAUCCAUGCCAUAAUUCUAAAAUUGUGUACGUGGGGGCUCAUUCCAGGAGGAAUCCUGUAGCACCUGGAUUUGCCUGGAGCCCCUGUCUUACUUCAGUGAAGCUGUCCACAGCCAUGUGCACAUUCCCCUCCUUUCGCUGGUCUUCACAUCAACCUCACAUCAACCUUCUCUCGACAGGGUGAACGAAAGAAGGAACGACGUAAAAUCCGAAGGAAAGAUUUAACUCCGUCUUCUAAGCAUCUGUGAAAAGGAAGCAUGGAUGCCUUCCUUUAGGCACCUCAAUCUUUCAGUGCACAGAAACAUCCUGAGAUUGAAAAGCUCGGCUUCAUCUGCAUUAUGUCCCUACGGGCUGUUCUGGGUGACCAGUGUGACAGAAUAUGUCCACUCAUGCUAGCUAAUGUCUGCUACAGACCAAGAAUCGGGAGGCCCGGGCCACACUUAAUCUAUCUGAGCCUCUUUUGUUAUCUAUGAAACCAUGGGGCUGAACAAAAUAACUUAAGUAUCCCCUUUAACAUUCAAUGGUUCGAGAAUUGUACGAGUUUUUUGUUUGCUUCACCAAAAAUUGGUGGUAUCAAAAAGAAUCAGAAUAACAAGUCCAGUGACUUAAUACCCAGGUCCUGGAGAGUAGCAACUGCUAACAUGUGUCAAUAUCCAUAGCAAACAUUCUCUGAUUUAUCCUAAAACCACAAGUACUUUCCUUCUUCUGGAACAUCUUGGUCUUUGACAGAGCAGAGGACUUCAUGUCAAAGCCUGCCUCUCUCCAUCAGAGGUUAACAGGCCAAGUCCCCCAGCUGAAGAUGCCAUCAAGGAAGAGAAACAUAGGAACUCCCUGUGCUGGCCUUUUGGGGUAUUUUAGGGCAGGGACACUAAUGUGGUCUGAGCCUUUAGUAGCACAAGCCAUGUGCUCAGAUGUCCAAUGAACACGGAGGCUGCCCCCGGCAGCCCCACUUGUGGGAGGCGGCCACCUUAUAUCUUCCCUUCUGAUUGUCUGAAUCUUCCCUUCCUGCCCCAUGGCUUCACUGGCCACCUAUCUGUAAGGGGUGGGAUGACCCACCCACCCACAGGACAGUCUACCAAGAGCCAUGAAUUUAAUCCUGCCUGUCCCACUAGAGCUUUGAGGAGUCCAGCAGGUGAGCACGCAGCUUCUUUCUGUCUCCUAGAUUUGUGUUUAAUCCCCAGAUGUGACUGAAAGCAGAAGUCUCAGGUACCAUCCAUGAAUGUCCUUUUCGUGGUUUGAAGAAUGGGUGCACCUGUGCUACAUUUGUGGCAUUGAGGGAGACCAGGGCUGCCCACAGUCCUUAUGGCCUUUCCCAGCCAUGCAGGCUGGAACCCUCCCAGGGCAUUGACAGGCCUGGGGAAGUUGUACAGCAGCAGAAUAAGCCAGAACAACCCUAGAGCCGUAUUCUGCAAAGCAGCAUGGGAAUGAUUAAAUAAACGAAAUAAAACCAGCUCAGUGCAGAUAGAUGAAUGGAAGACAUAAUUUAAGGGCAAAAAAAAAAAAAAAAAAAAAAAAAAUUUCAAUGCCCAAAGCAUUAGUCAUAAUUCCAAUAAAGAAUUGUACUGUGUGUGGAUUAUUCACUCCACAGGAGUAUGGAACCAGCAUGAUUAUGAGACAUACCUAAGAAGAAAGUGUCAAGGAAUUGAAAACAUCCUCUCUAUUGAAGAGGCAAGUGUUGAAUUCAACAAGGAUUUGUUGAGUACCUGCUCUGUACUUAGCUCUGAGCUGGGGACACAAAACUCCUCCCACUCUUGAGGAACCUACCAGACUGGCCCUGGCUAACUCACCUGUCCUAUUGGGUCCAGACUGCUUAUCAGGCAUGGAGGCAGCUGAGAAGCACGUUCUCCCUGGGAUUCUAAAGACCCACACUCAAUGCGGGUAAUCAAGCCAAAGGCUGGGAACUUCAGAGAGCCUUUUGCAAUGACUUCAUGGAGAUUGAUACAAAGGGAGCCACCAGUCAGUUCAGGGUAACUGAAGGGAUGUGGUUGGAUAGCAUCAUCACCGCACCAUAAGGGAGACUAUUGGAUGG